UCUCCCGGAUUAUCUGGGAGAGUUGACAGCACUGCCAAUGAAUAAUGUAAGUCACUGGAAGGUAGAGUCCCAAUAACAACACAACUUAUUUCUUCCACCGUGGGUAUCAGAGGUGUUUUUCCCUCAUGUGUGGAGGGAUGAUUUGGUGUUAGCCUGUGGCCAACAGAUCGUUGGCCAAAGCCAAACCCACAAGCAGCAAAGCAGUGUGAAUAAUCUUCUGGUAUGGAGUGAUGCCAUUUAGUUUUCUGUUGAACUUUGCGCCUUAUUUAUCCGAUUACAUUUAAGGUAAACGCAUUGGACGUCUCCAACUUUGAUCAUAUGGACUGCCACAUGAAGAAAUGAUGGAAAUGGGUUUUUAAUAUUACACACAAACAACACACUAAUAGUUUCGACAAAUUUCAAUGUAAAAUAAUUUUAAUUUGCAGCUUUGUAAGCUUACAUUACUAGCAUAAACCACAAAGUCUUUGACAUUACCAUUUCAGAAUAAGGGCAUUAACUAGUGGACAAAAAAAAUGAUGAUUGGACUUAAGGGAUGUUGUAGUUAAUUUUUAAUCUCAGGAAAUUAUAUUUUUCCUUUGGUUCAACUUCAUUAGCAUACAUCACCCAGGGGUAUCAAUGAAAAUAAUAAUAUUGAAGUAUCCAGCAGGUUUGAAUAGAGUAACCGACUGUAUCAAAAGGGGGCUGUUAGUCCCCUUUUUGAAGGGGCGGGGUGUCUGGGGAUGUGCUUCCCCAGAAAAUUUUGAGAUUUCAAAGCCCUAAAAUGCGAUUUUCCUCAUUCAGGGGACUAAAUUGAAGACAAAAGAGCAUGUUUUUCAUUCAAGAAAAUGUAGCUUUCAUUCAACUUUUGAUUUAUCAGUCACAAUCAAUUCCAACAAGCAAUGAACAAAUGAUGAAAACUAAAUUACAUUCUUUUGCACGUGAACAAAUUCUGCGUAAACCUUCAUGUAUAAAGAAACUUGUGAAAAUUGACUGAAAUUUAGCGUUUACAUGACUAAAGCAUAACAUAAAACCAGUGGGCCUUUAUGAAAACACAUGUUACAUGUAAUUACGUUUUCAGAUUUUACAACAUAUUUUUUGUUUACACAGUUGUUCAAACUAGUUCCUUCUUCUUCCUGGAAAAAAAGUAGCUGACUUCUAUGAGCAAAGUAGCCGACGUGUUUCGUCAGCUGUCAGUGCUUAUUGAAACCCCUGAUAACCAUACCCAAAAACAAAAGAAAAACAAAAAUUACCUGAGAUAAAAAACCAACUUCAACAGGUACUUGCUGAUCCAAUUUUUUUCAGUCACACACAUGGUCCUGCGAUAUUCAAUAAAGCUGAUAUUCCAGAAAGACCUACAUGUACAGUCUUUGACAAAAAAGGGUGGGACACUUCCACUGAAUGCUAUUUUUUUCCUUCUCGCUCAUCCCCACUCUCUCCCAAUGUUUAUCACAGUUAAGUUAGCAAAUCUUCUAGUCCAACAAUUGGAGGGCAGGAAGACAGUAAAGUGUCUCAACAAUUUUGACUAAGACUGUAGCUUUCACCCGUAAAAUUAAACAUAUCAGAAGUCUCGCUGAUGUUUUACUUCUCCUCUCCGUCAAAUGUGUUCUUUUGUGGAUACUUUCUGUUGGUACUACAACUGUCAAAACUUUCAGCAUUGAAUGAACAGAAUAUAUAUCAGAAAUCGACAUUUAUAGCGCAAUGAAGUUAGAUUUUGUGGCAUGAGAUUUCACAAUAAUGUAGACAAAGUCCAAGUAUGGUUAUGAUAUAAAAUUAUGUAACUGCAUGCAUUUUCUUAAACUAAAUAAGGUGAGAGAACGUGUGAUUUUGUAAUAGUCACUUAAUUUAGAUACAGUACAAUGGGAACUUUUACUUUAUCUGUGAUUAAUGUCAAAACACUGCCUAAUGCAAGGAUGGUAGAAAAAGCUGUGUACUUAGAAUGUGUUAGUUCUAGUUCUAGUUCUUGCCUUGAUCGUUGAAUGUGUGAGAACUGUACAGCGCAAUAGAUUGUUGGAUUGGAUUAAAUCAUGUUGUUACAUCAAAAGAUGCAGACCAUUUGAUUUGCUUGAACCAGCGAGCGGGGUUAUAAGAAUUCCGCAACACACUGUAGUUGUCUUAUAAGGUACAUUUCCAUUUGCAGAAUAUGCCUUUCCAAACAAAGAACAAGCCCAGACUUCUGGCAACAAUGAUUGUGUAUCUAGGAACCAUGUUCACAUUGCCAUUUAUUGCUGUGAGAUUCCAGAUGGCCAAGCAGAGUGGAAAGUAG